AUGGCUGGCGAAGUGUCGAAAGGAAAGGAAAAGCGAAAACUAACAAGAACUGAUCGCAGCCUGGCUCAGGGUGUUCUACAACAGCAUUCAUUUCUUACUGAUCCUAGCGAAGUGAAAAAGAUGGAGAAAGAUUUAUUAGACUUAAUGAAAGAUUUUAAUGAAGGAAAAUUACAUGCAUUUGGUAUGAGGGUUUAUAUUACCCCAAUGUGUCCUAUUUUAUAAUAUUUAAUACUCGUCAAGGGGAGAGCAUUCAGAGCAAAGGCGAGGACUAUCUGCCCACUCUGUCUAACACGAAAUGAUUUUGGUACUGUCCCUUAUUAGCCUGAGUUUUAUUCAGGCAUGAUGUGGCGAGCAAGCUCCAUAUAUACCUCGGGCAAGAACUUGAGUCCAAAAACAACUCGUUCCCCGAGCCUGCAAUCCUCGGGAAGGAACGCGAGGCUCUGGGAUAAUCCGUUGCCGGAAGCCAGGAUUCCUGACUAAGAUUGAACUACGCAUUUCAAUGGCCAAUCAGAUUCCUCCCUGAAACGGAUUAUCCCAGGGCCUCGCGUUCCUUCCCGAGGAUAACAGGCUUGGGGAACGAGAUUGGUCCAAAAAGUUAAUGCAAGAUGGCAUAAAUUGAGGAGCGAUUGGAUGUCAAUUCCAGUCCUUUUCUACUGUUUUUGUUUGCACGGUUAUCAUGAAGCUGGCAAGAAGUGUGCCACAAUUUCACAUUUUGACUUCAAUCUUUAUGAACUGAUAACUUCAUUAGUGAUACAGUCCAUUAGAAAAGCUGGUGUUGGCUGGGAAUAAUGGUUUUAAAACUGUUUAUGACCUUCAUAGCUAUUGGACUUCAAUUCCCACCAUUUUGACUUCACUUUUCUCAUAAGCUGAAUGACUGAAAAUUCUUGCUCCAGACAUAUAGAGAUCACUGGAUGUGGUUACUAAAAGGUGUGGGAAAGUGUCAUGUCCUUAAAUGAUUGUGAAACCCUAAUAUGAUCCUUUCAGUUUUAAUGAAAUAAAGUUUUGUUACACAGAUCACUGCAACCGACCAUAGAGUAAAACAGCAUACAACUGUAUUAAAUAGGUAAUGAAUACACUCUUGAUAAAAUGGAUCAGAUAAGAGAGUCACAAGAAUGUUUGGCUCAACUUCAUUUUGAACUGGAUGUUGAAGAAUCACAUCGGUAUUCAAUUUAAAGUUUAUUUAUUUUAUCUCAAGACUGUUUAUAUUUUAGUUAAUAUCAGUUCAUAACAAUUUUAGUUCAUAACUAUGUGUGUGCUGUUUGUUUUGAUUCAAUUAAUUAUUAAAGUCAAUAAGGAUUGAUUAAAAAAAUCAUUUUUGUAGGAAAGAACAUGAGGAAGUUGGUCGAAAUAGGAACUUGGAAAGACUCAUGAAAGAUGUAAGUUAAUUUUGUUGCGAAAUUACAAGGUUCAUAAAUCGGGGAUGAGAACUUUCUUGUGCGUUUCUUCUGUGCUCAGAAAAAUUGUACUGGUCCCAUAUUUAAUAUUGCUAUACCGGUUUUUGGCUUUGUUAAUUAGAGAGGAAAUUUCUUUUGUGGAAAUUUGGAGGAGGUUUUGAGAAACUUCCUCAGUGACAGUUUGUUUAAUGUAAUAAUAUAUUGUUUAAAGUUUUUCUUUUUUUAAUAGCUAGAGAAGUUGAGCUCCUCAAUGUAUCUUUUUUAUUGAUGUUUUGCAAUUGUUGUUGUGAUGCCUUUAGCUAGGGGCCCAGAGAAAGUCUCCCCUCCCCCACCCCCUCCAUCUGGGUGCCCAUGACUACAUGCAUGUACAUGGAUGUUGGCUUUUCUUGACUCUAGAAAAUCAGACAAAAUCUUCAUCAAAAUGAUCCUCACACAUAAGAAUCAUAGUCCAAACAAUCUGGUGAUAGCAAAGACAUUGAUGGCAUCAGGUUGUAGACAUAAAACUAUAGAAAUAAAUAUUUAACAAUAUUUAAUGUAUGUAAAUAUGUGAGUAUUAAUUUAUAUAUAUAAAUUUAGGAUUUUAUUAUCGUCUUUUAAUGUACAUCUUAAAUUAUCGCAUUAUCCAUUAAUAUUGUUAUGUUGUAAUUAACUUAGGCCCGCUUCAUACGCCAUACUUCACAUGUGCCGAAACAUUAAAGACAAUAGAUAUAUUAGAUAAUUAGCUGAAAUGCCUCAUUAUCUAUUGUUUUUAAUGUGAAGUAAUGUGAAGUACGGCAUAUGAAACGGGCCUUAUUGAUUGAAACAGAAAUUGUUAAAUAUUUUAUAAAUUAAAAAUAUGUACAAAAUGUACAAGGGAUUAAUGAAUGAUGUUGAAUGAUAGGGAAUGAUGCUUAAUGAUACUGAAUGAUAGGGAAUGAUGUUGAAUGAUGGGGAAUGAUGCAGAAUGAUAUUGGGUGAUGCAUAGGGAUGCUAAAUGAUAUUGAGUGAUCGUGAAAGAUAAAUAAUGGACAUUUAUGUAUAAUUGUGUAGGAUGAUGUACAACAAUGUAAAAUGAUGGGUAAUGAUUAG